AUGUCAUCCUUAGCCAAAAAAGCAUAAGAUCCAUAUGAAUAAUUAAUUAAAAUACUAUUAUUAGGCAAUUCUGGAGUUGGUAAAACAUAAAUUCUUCUCAGAUAUUCUGAAAACAAUUUUAGAACAGGAUAUAUGUGUACAAUUGGUAAUUAAAGUUUAUUAUUUUUUAAUAGGAGUAGAUUUCAAAAUUAAGAAAUUAUAGGUUGAUGAAAAAGUAGUUAAGAUGUAAAUAUGGGAUACUGCAGGAUAAGAGAGAUAUUAGACACUUACUCAAAAUUUUUAUAAAGGAGCUAUGGGAAUUUUACUUGUUUUUGCACUUAAUAAUAAAGAUUCACUUAAGGAUAUUGAUAAAUGGAUGAAUUAAAUUAAAUAGCAUACUAAUGAAAAUAUCAUUAAAGUAUUAAUAGGUAUUCAUCAUUAUAUAAAUUAUAGGAAACAAAGCAGAUAUUAAAGAGAGAUGUAUUUCAAAUGAGGAGGCUCAGUCUUUGGCUACAAAGUAUGGCAUUCCUUAUUUUGAAACUAGUGCUAAGGAUGGUACUAAUAUUAAUGAAGUAUUUUUGCAAGUUGCCAAAUUAAUUAAAAAUUAACACUAAGAUUAAUAAUUAAAUGGUAAUCCUAAUAAACUCCUUUAAAUUCAUUAAGAAGAAAAAAAAUUGGAUUCCUCUUGUUGUUGA